UCGCGUUUAGUACACCGCUCAGCAGGAGUGACGGACGCGCGGCUAACCAGACGCCGACUUUAGUCUUCGUUUAUUUUCUUUUCUAUUCGUUUAAUUUGUCGCUUAGACCUCUAGCCUCCACACGGAUUUCAUCCUUAUUGAGUGUUCCCAGUGUCUGUGUUUACCGGUGUUUUAUUUUGACUGUGUCACGUGCGAAAUCUUACCGGUUUUUGGAGUUUUCAACAGUUUAACACGACCUUCAAUUAGACACAGGUAGAGCCGGUCAAAAGACCCAACAAUUUUGAUAUUUAAAAGAAUAUUAAGUCAACAAAACACUCGUGGGAACGGCAACUUGUUGCAUAUUGUUUUUGCUGAAACGGUCGUUUCAGAUGAGUAAAAGAUAUACUUGAUACAGUCAAACUUAUAAGAAUUUUGCAUACAAACUAACGUAAAGGAGUGCAGUGCCGCCAAAAAGUGUUUAUUAACAAAAUAUUUGAAGUUUGUUGGGCAUGCGCAGUCGGUUCGACGGAAAUAAUUCGUAACUUUGAAAACAAAUCCUGUGUUGUGAAUUAAGUGUGUUUAAUAGUUUAACAAGUGUACAAUUUGUGUGGUUUUUCUUGGAGUUAACUUGCCUUUUGGAUUUAUUCAACAAUAAGGUUCACCUGUGGAAUUCUUGUGUCUACCUGCGCGCGCACUCUUCUUUUAUAAGUUUGGAGCAAAUAUGAUGUCCUGCCCUCUCCCUAUGCCGCUACUGCCGGCCCUGCACACACCUGCUUUGGCAUCCGAUUUUCCUGUUCACAUCGGAAUAAAGGGCCCGCUAUUAUCCUGAACAACGCACGAAGAAAAUAAAAAUAAACUUUGCGCUUAAAAAUAAGUGGCUUAAUAACGCUCGGAAUUUAAGGAUUUGGCAACUGCCUCCUUGGUGACCCUCCCAUUUCGUGAAAUGGUCAAGGUGAGUGAAUCUUCACUACUUGAGUGCAGCAACGGGCGCUACACUGCGUCCGAGACGAGGGGCUCCGACGAGCUUCUGUCUCAGAGUGGCGUGACCGUCAUGGCGCCGGCUGCUCCACACCAUGCUGAUAAUAAUAAUCAGGAUUCAGCUGCUAAAAAAGUGAAGUUGGAGCAAAAUGUUGGAAAACCGUCCCGAGUUAUACAUAUACGGAACAUACCAAAUGAAACGACAGAAGCUGAGAUCAUUCAAUUGGGGCUGCCUUUUGGCCGAGUGACUAACGUAUUGGUGCUCAAAGGAAAGAAUCAGGCAUUCUUAGAGAUGGCUGAAGAGAUAUCAGCUGUGGCUAUGGUCGCUUACUUUGGAGGCUGCGUCGCACAACUGAGGGGACGUGCUGUCUAUGUACAGUUUUCAAAUCACAAAGAGCUCAAAACCGACCAGACACAUAGCAAUGCGUCGGCUUCAGCGCAGGCAGCUCUUCAAGCAGCGCAGGCCAUUUCAAACACCGCCGGUGCUGCGUUAGUCGCAGGCGCAGGCACGGCUCUUCAGCCUGCGAAUGGCGGCACUGAAAUACAGGGAGGGCCCAACACCGUGUUAAGAGUGAUCAUAGAACACAUGCUGUACCCAAUUGUGUUGGACGUGCUGUACUCCAUCUUCCAGCGAUAUGGAAAAGUGCUCAAAAUCGUUACAUUCACGAAAAAUAAUUCAUUUCAAGCCUUAAUCCAGUAUCCGGACACGGGCUCCGCUCAAAUGGCGAAAACGGCCCUAGACGGACAGAACAUUUACAACGGCUGCUGCACACUGCGCAUCGACUACUCAAAGAUGACUUGUCUGAACGUGAAGUAUAACAAUGACAAGUCCAGGGACUACACCAACCCGACCCUGCCGUCUGGAGACGGCGAUACCCACCAGCUGUUGACCAGUGAGUUGAUGUCACUGCGCGCUCGCAUCCUGGCCGCAUCCGGGAAGAGUGGUGGUGUUCUAGCACCUCCAUUCCUUGGCCUCGGAUCAGGUUUGGCCUCACCGUACGGCGUUGGAGUUGGAGGAGUCGGCCUGCCAGCUUUCGGAGCCCUAACUCUGACUCCAGCCUCACCGGCUCUUCGAGCUCUCGCCGCGCCGCCGUUGCCCCUAGCAACCGUCCUCCUCGUGUCCAACCUAAACGAAGAGAUGGUCACGCCUGACGCUCUCUUUACCCUUUUCGGAGUGUAUGGUGAUGUGCAACGAGUGAAGAUCCUAUACAACAAAAAAGAUUCAGCUUUGAUUCAGAUGGCGGAACCUCACCAGGCUCAUCUAGCAAUGACUCACAUGGACAAGCUGCGUGUCUUCGGAAAAGCCAUGCGCGUGAUGCUUAGCAAGCACCAAACCGUGCAGUUGCCGAAGGAAGGCCAACCAGAUGCUGGACUUACACGUGACUACUCGCAAAGCCCACUGCAUAGAUUCAAGAAGCCGGGAAGCAAAAACUACCAAAACAUCUACCCGCCGAGUGCUACACUGCAUCUCUCCAACAUUCCAGCGACCGUCUCCGAGGAUGACAUAAAGGACGCGUUCACCAAACGCGGAUUCACUAUCAAGGCAUUCAAAUUCUUCCCGAAGGACCGCAAGAUGGCGCUCGUGCAACUUCCGUCCAUAGACGACGCAGUGGCGGCUCUCAUCAAGAUGCACAACUACCAACUGUCAGAGUCCAACCACCUUCGGGUCUCCUUCUCCAAGUCAAGUAUCUAAACAUCCGCAAGGAAUAUCACACAAGUGUCGCAUUUCUGCCCAGUGUACGGGGACGCAAGCGACAUCUCAAUUUAUUUUCAGAAUUCUUAAUUUGAAACUACUUAUAGUAGUAGUCUUUGAAGUAUGACGUCUAAUGUCAUUUGUCUAUGCAAUGUCACAUGUCACAUGCCUCGAGAUAUCGCCUGCGCACCCGAGAGAAGCCCUGGCGACUACCUCUCUCUCGAUCGAGAAUAACUCGACUGAAAUUAUAAUGUAUCUGUAUUACGCUUACUUGGAACAGUUUAGAUAAGUGCUAUAACUCUACUUCCCUAGUGAAUACGUACGUUUAUCUAAUUUAAGAAAGCGCCAUCUGUCGGCGACUGUUAAUAUUACAGCAAUAGGCAUAGUCAGAGAGGUUUUAUAUUUUGUGUGGUAUUUCAUUCCGUGAGUUUUAAAUUAUUUUUAAACAUUAUACCUAUUUUAUUUUUAUAUUAGAUAUACGUUUCCAGUGAUCGAAGCAGAUCGCAAUGAGAUUGCGCAGAAUUUUAUUUCCAUUUUGGCGAUAUGUAUGAGCAAUGUCAAACAUUGCAUCGGCUGCUUCUGCGAGCAUAUUUACACGGAAUAUAUUCACUUUGCAUUGUUAAACAUAAAUAUAUUUCUUUUGUCACAUUAGUUGCAGUUAUAAGAUUAUAUUUUAUACAUAUAUUUUAUUCACUAUUUUAAUAUGCACAAUUUAUUAUUGCAUUUCUUAUUAAGUAUAGUUUUGUGCGCAUACACAUUUGGUAUUUUUUAAAUCGCUCUGAUGUUUAGAAUGUGUAUGUGUGUGCAAUAUUAGUUUUAGACAAUUUAUUAGUGUUAAGUUAGAGCCGGUUCGAUCCGGAACAACUUCACUUCCAUGUUUCGUUAUUUAGAAAAAUAUUCUGUCGGUCGUUUCGAUGAUUCUCGGUUAGUUAGUGUAAUCACAACUCAUCUGUCUGCGGUUCGAGUGACGUAAUGACCGUGUCCGAAAUGUGUCAGACGUGACAUGACGUUCGACGCUAGACCAUAGACUAGAAAUAGUGUAGAAACUAUCACUAACGGUACGUUCAGUGAAAUAAUUGUGACGUGAUGCAUUUAUUUGAUGUUAAUUUAUAUUAAUGGUAGCUACAACACUAUAAAUGCGCGUGCAUGUUUCACUAAGUGAUUAAGUAUUUAUUUAUUCCCGGUUCGACAUUAGAGAUGCGCCGUCGCGGCCUCGGGAAACGGGAUCCGAUUAGCGCGUCGUUGUCAGUAUUUACACUAACUUUAGCGACAGUAUUUUAGUAUAAAUCUCUCGACACUUUGUAUAUAAAUUCACUCGGCUCCGAUAUUCUACGCCAAUUGGUUUUCACACAUCUUUGCCUUCUUGGUUAAACAUGCGUCUAGUCCAAUUCGAAUGAAAUUAACUCGUGGUUUAAGUAUUUUUCUAACGAUUACUAGAACUCGUUCGUCUACGCCGCUCGGCGUCUCUCCUCAAAUUGGACCAGUUUAAGUGUUCAGUUUUACGUCCAUUCAAUGUGAUUAGGCAAACAUGCGUGAAACAGAGACCUGAUUUGACGACUAAGAAUUGUUAUCGUGUUCGUUCACGGACAAUUAAAUCAAUUAUUUUAACAAAUAUAAGUAACGUUAGGUGUUCUACCGCUGUUAACGGUGAUUUCAUUACUCCGUACAUCAACUGUCAAGUUUGACAAUCGACUCGAAAUGUAAAUUGUCAUAUGAAUCAAUUGUAACUUUUAAGCUUGUACUCGAGUCGCAAUGAAAUGCAUAGUCGUCUGUGCAAAAACGCGCGAUUCAAAGCUCUCUCGCUUAAGACGUUUCAAAGUGCAAAGCGAUUAUGAAUUUUCAUCUCGAUAUUAACGCAAACGAGAAUUAUUUACACUAAUAAAAUUGUAUCAUAAUUAUACAUCACGUAUAUUAAUGAUAAAACUAGAGCUUAGUAAAAUGGUUAAAUUAGUUUUCAGUAAGACGUAAGGAUUGUUAGAGUUGUACUAAAUAUCGUUUUGGAAUAUCAAAAUGUAAGUAAAUCGGAUUAAUGAUGUUAGGAGACCAGGGUGUGGUGAUAUUUUGCACAAUUCUCAAAUUGAGGAAGAAUCCGAUUCACGGAAAGCGUUUUUCUAAAGAGAUUGGAUUUUAGUCUUUUAACUCGAGUCGAGAAAUUACAUAUCUGUAUUCACGAGCGCCACACGCAAAGCACAGAUUUAGUUUUGACGUUUGGCAAGUGAUUGUCAGAUGUCAAAUCGGCGAGUCUGUCCCUCGCUCGAAAGCGCGUGUGGCGUUUUCAGGCCUAAGAAUUCCUCAACACUGGUAUUGACUAAUAGAUAAUUAUAGAAAAUUAUGUGUUUAGAAAAGUAUUUUAAAUAUUUAGGAUAAUAUUGUAUUGUAAGAGGUUAAUUAAAUCAGUGUUUAGAAUGAGAUGCCAAAUUUAAAGUCAAUACACAUUAUUUUAGGUAAAGUCUUAAAUUAAUCUUAACAUAUUAAAAAGUUGAUGAAAAAUGUUACAGUUAAAUUAUAUUUGAGAGUUUUAUUAAGCGCAAUUUAUGCAAUUUUAUUCGUAGUGAGACCAUUGUUUCCAUUCGUUGGUUAUGUGUUACUGUUAAUGGAUGAAUGUGUCUGUUCGUUCGCUUUUCUGUUUUUCUCUCAUUUCACCGUCUCCCGGUUCGAAUACUACAUUUCAUGACACCCUAGAGCAUAUCAUUUAUCUAUUUUUAGUUAUGUAACAUCUAUUUAUCGUACUAUAUAAGCUGUAUGUACUUUAGUGAUCUAUAUCAAUAUGAAUAAAGGCCAACAUAUCAGUAAAUAAAGUUCGGUUAAGGCAUUACGGAAUUUCUAUCCUUUUUCAUUUUGUCUCCUCGUUUAUAGUUUUAAGUUUCGAAUAUAUUGAAAGGUUUCUUAUUUUAGAAUAAGCCUUUGUGUGUUUAAUUUCAUUCUUAUUUUUAAUUUCGUAAUUAAACUAUUAUACCCAUUAAA